UACUUUUAUUUUGAAGGCUUGUUUUCAACCAGAUAGUAGCUAGCUAGCUACUGUAUACAUUUAGCUGGUCAGUUACCACAUUUGGCUCCUUCUUAGUUAUGUUCGUAAUUUUAGCCAAUGGUAGCUAGUUACUUCUAUAUGUCUCUGGUUGUGUGUGGUCAGUUUGAACUGUCACGGUGUGGUCGAUCAGUCGGUGUCUGUUGACAUUGUAGAAGUCACUCCACCGUCGCACCGCACUGCGAACCAGCUAUCAUCAACCGGAACCAAUCUCUGCGGUAGUUCACUAUGACUGCUGACCCGAGUGCUCCGAUGACAGCGAUAGAUCCGCUCAGGUUGAGAGUGUUCUCUCUCAACUGCUGGGGCAUCCGUUACCUCAGCAAACACUGUUCUCAGCGCUAUGCUAUGGUUGCGGAACUGCUGAGCAGGGACGGGUAUGAUAUCGUCUUGCUGCAGGAGGUAUGGAGUGAAAAAGACUACCUCUUCUUGAAAAAUAAGCUUGCCUGUAGCCACCCUCACUCUCAUUACUUCAAAAGUGGUGUCAUAGGAAGUGGACUGGCCACCUUCUCCAAACACAGAAUCAACGAUGCCUUUCUGUACUGCUACUCCUUAAAUGGUUACCCUUACAUGGUCCACCAAGGAGACUGGUUUGGUGGGAAAGCUGUUGGCAUGGUCAUUUUGGAGAUAGGCAGACUGAAAGCACAUGUUUAUCUCACACAUCUCCAUGCAGAGUACAGCAGGGAGAGAGACACCUACCUCCCUCACAGAGUGGUCCAGGCCUGGGAGCUGCAGCACUUCAUCAGACACACGUCCAACGGGGCGGAUGUGGUGAUCCUGGGGGGGGACCUGAACAUGCACCCCCAGGACCUGGGCACCAGACUGCUGAUGGCCUCCACCGGCCUGAGGGACUGCUACACCGAGACAGACGUGUUCGACGGGUGUGAGAAUGGAAUCACCCUGAUAGCCGACAACUGCUUCAUCAACAAGAAGGAUCUGGUGCCCUUCGAGAAGGGCAUACGCAUAGACUACAUCCUUAUCAAGGGUUCGUCCAGGGUGGAGCUCCAGUGUGAGUCCAUGUCCACCACCCAGGGCUCGGUCCCGGACCAGCCCCACCCCUACUCCGACCACGAGGCCCUGAGCGUGGCGCUGAGGCUGGGACCCAGUGGCCCCCAGACGGGGGGGGAGGACUGUGGGCCAGACUGUGCUGCAGGGCGCGUGGCGGAGCUGGUGGACCUGGUGACAGAGGCACGUACAGAGGUGAAGGUGGGGCUGCACUGCGCUGAGAGGCGGCGCCACACGGCGGCUCGUACGGGGAUGAUGGGCGUGGCUCUGCUGCUCCUGGAGGUGGUGAUGGCCGCCGUGCCCUGGCUGGGUGGCCCUCAGCCCUUCCCCAGCGCCUCCUUCUACCUGCUGGGGGCGCUGGGCCUGGCCUCCCUGCUGGUCACCGGCAUGCUCUACCUCUUCUACACCACGGAGCUGAAAGCCCUGCAGGGGGCCGAGGACCACAUGAGGCUGGCCGUGGGGAGCCUGCAGGAGAGGCUGAGGGGGGUGGCCACGAAGAGGCCGCCCCUGGAGGCGGAGGAGUAGGUAGAUGAGGAGGAAUGG